AUGUUCUUAACAUCUUUAUUGAUACUUUUGGCAAACGCAGAUCCAUUUUUAAAAGUGGGAGACACAGAACCAAGAACGACUCACCCAAAUUGUAAAAAGUUUACAAGAACACUUAAUAAUGAUGGAACCCCAACUGAUACUAUCAAUUGUAUUGAGUGUGAAAAUAUUUAUUACAAACUUGAAAAUGGAAAUUGUGUCUAUAAUCCAACAAAUUGCAAUGUUAAUGAUCCUUAUGUAUAUUUAAGUAACAAUCAAUGCAAAUUUUGUGAUUACGGAUGCAACCAAUGUAGUUCAACAGGUUCAUGUACUUGUAGGUUUAACAAAACAUUCGACAUUUGCAAACAAUGUGUGAGUACCUUUGAUUCGGGAAGUGAAUCAUCAUUGACAAAGAAAUGCAAGUAUUGUGGACAAGGACUUGCAACAAAUGUUAAUAUGGAUGCAUGUGAAGAUGCUCCAAUUGGAGAUGAAGUUUUUGAUAAAACAAAUUGUGCUCUUUCUGGAUUUGAAAGAGGCAAACAAGUAUGUCUCAAAUGUUUUGGAGACAAGGCACUUAAUGAAGAUAAACAUUGUCAACUUGAACAAAAAGAACUUGGAGGAUGUAUAAGACAAAACGGGGAAAACUGCUUAAAGUGUGAUGUUGGUUAUAUUUUAUCAUCAAAUGAAUGUGUUAAAACAGACAUUAAUUGCAAUCAACUAAAAGAAACACCUAGUGCGAUCACUUGCACGUCUUGUAGAGAGGGUUAUUAUAUUGACAUUACCAAUCAAUGUACAAUCUGUGAAGUGAGUGGAGAAGAAAAUAAAGAAUACGAUAGUUUGUGCGAAUUGUAUGAUACCACCAAGUGUACUCAAUGCAAUAAAAGAUGUAAAGUAACAGGAGAUAAAUGUGUUUCUAAUCACUGUGUUGAAUUUAGAUCUGAUGAAAAAUGUGGUAUUUGUGAAGAUGGAUAUUUUGCACUUAAUGGUGAAUGCAAUCUAUUUUCAAAUGGUGGGUUAGAGAUGUCUUCUGGAAGCCCAACUUGCAAGGCUGGGUAUUAUCUUGAUUAUGACAACGAAGCCAAGUUCUAUUCAUGCAAAAAAUGCAAAGGACAUUUUAUGGAAUGUUUAACAGCAGAUACGCCUAUGCCUGGAACUUCUUUGUAUGACAAUUGGAAAUCAACUAAAGCAGAACCGUGUGAAGAUGAAAAUUGCGCUCAAUGUGCUGAUGAUGGUAUUACUUGUUAUAAAUGUGCUUUUAAUAAUGGCAACCCCAAUGGUGUUUUAUUAAAUGGAAAAUGCAUAUUAACUCCAACUGACAAUAUUAUAGCAAUUGUUGAUACUUAUGACACAACUUAUAAGUUCUGUAAGUACAAAGGAGUCAACUCUUUCUUUGAAGAGUUAGUACCUGCAUAUAAUGAGACCACCAACCCUGGAAGUAAAUGCAAUCCAAUACUGAGAAGAAAUUACAUGUACAAAACACAAACUACUGGUAAUACUGAUUUAGAAUGUGCGAAGACCAACAGAGAUGUGACCAAAAACUGUAUGUGUAAAAAUGGAUACUAUCAACCGAAUUCUUCAACAUUCACUGAUUGUACAAAGAUGAAUUCUCUUGACGGUUGUAUUGAGAGUGCAAAUGGUAUACAUUGCACACUCUGUGCAACUGGAGCAAAAUACACGUCUGCAGGAAAAUGUGUUUGUCCAAAGGGAACUUAUUUGAAAGACGACAAUUGUGAAAAGUGCCCUGAAAAAUGCGCGACGUGUGUUUGGGAUACCAGCAAAAGAGAAGUGACUUGUCAGACAUGUCAACCAGAACAAUAUGAAGGACAAGGAAGAGAUCCAACAAAACAAUGUGAAUGUAAAACUGGCUAUGUAACUGAAGCUAAUAAGAUCGAUGUUUGUGUCGAGAAAAUAGAAGGAUGUUCGACUGAAGGGAAAUACAUUGUUCAAAACAAACAAAUCCAUUGCUUGGAAUGUGAAAAAGAACACAUGUCACUUGGAUACGGAUUGACACAAUGCUCGCAAUGUGUUGAUGGAUAUUAUUUAGACGAAACAAAAGAAUGUCAAUUGUGCGACCAUGGAAUUGGGUGUUUAACAUGUGAUUCAACUGCUUGCACUCAAUGUAAAGAUGGCAAUGCUAUUUUAAUAAACACUUCAGAACCAACGAAUUAUUGUAUUACAUGCCAAUUUGGGUACACAUACAAUUCAACUGAUGGUUCUUGUGCAAGAUGUCCAAGUGUAUGCAAUGGCUGCAAUAUGACUAAUGGUAAUAUAGGAUGUAUAGGUUGUAAGAACGACAAACAGAUACCAAACUGUGAAUGUGAGAAUGGUGUUUACCUUGAACCAAAAAAUAAUACAUGUGUUGCUUGCCCCAAUGAUCGAAAGGUUUGCAAAGGCAAUUGUGACUAUGGAAACGGCAUUUACGUCCAUUGUACCGAGUGUGUUGAUGAAUUAAGAGAACCAACAACAAAUUGUACAACAUGCAAAGACUCAAACUUCUUUUUAGACUCCGAAGGCAAUUGUAAACAAUGCGCUGAAAAUUGCAAUGUUUGCACUGAUAAAGAGCAUUGCACC